GCGGCUUUCUACGCUAAGACUUCGGUCGCAUAAACGUAAACACGAAGUUGGGGUGGGAGGCGCGGUUGGGCUGUUGCAGUGUGAUUUUUUUGUGUCAUCGAGUAAGCUUUCAUCUUUAUUUUCACCGCAGCAUGGAAGCCAAAUACAACACUAAGAGCCCAGCGGUGAAGCGGCUGAUGCGCGAGGCCAAGGAGCUGCACCAGCCGACAGCGGACUACUUCGCCCAGCCGCUGGAGGACAACCUGUUCGAGUGGCACUUCACCGUGCGCGGGCCCGACGACACGGCGUUCGAGGGCGGCGUCUAUCACGGCCGCAUCCUGCUGCCGGCCGACUACCCGAUGAAGCCGCCCAGCAUCAUCAUGCUCACGCCGAACGGCCGCUUCGAGACGGGCAAGAAGAUCUGCCUGUCGAUCUCCGGCCACCACCCGGAGUCGUGGCGGCCCAGCUGGUCGAUCCGCACCGCGCUCAUGGCCAUCAUCGGGUUCCUGCCGACGCCGGCCGGCGGCGCCAUCGCCAGCCUGGAGUACGGCGAGGCGGAGCGGCGCGCGCUGGCGGCCGCCUCGCUGCGCUGGCAGUGCGCCGCCUGCGGGCCGCCGCCGCCGCUGCUGGCCGCCGCCGACGACCGCAGCGGUCACGACAGCCGGCAGCGAGAGGCGCGCCAGCUGGCCGCCGAGGUCAACUUCCAGACUGAGAUGCCCGUGUUGUUCUCAGGGACCGUACAGGCGCGGGGCGACCGUGCCCGCGUGUGGGCCUGCUCAGGCGGCAGCCCGCGGGAGCGCGGCCUGGCCAUCGUAUAG